GGCGGACGCUGAUUGUGGUCGGCAUUCUGGCUUAUGUGGAAAUUAUUCCAUUUUUGCCUAACUUCUUACCGUGCAUUACAUGAAACCCAAAUAUGUGGCACGAAGCGCGGAAACAGGAGCGAAAGCUCCGUGGCAUGAUGGUCGACUACAAGAAACGGGCCGAAAGGAGGAGGGAAUAUUAUGAGAAAAUCAAACUAGACCCUACCCAGUUUAUUCGCCUUCAUGGACGGCCAUGUAAAAUAAACCUGGAUCCUGCUGUAGCAAUGGCUGCUGAGGGACCUGGAACAAUGAUGCCGUGGCAGGGAGAUGCUCAUAAUCUGAUUGAUAGAUUUGAUGUUAGAGCACAUUUGGAUUAUAUUCCUGAAUAUAAUCAUUCACCGUUCCAAGACCUUGAUGCAGAAGAAAGAAAAUGCAACUAUGAACGUUAUAGAACACUAGUGCAAAGUGACUGGGCUGGAAUUACUGAAGAACAGUUUCUCUAUCAGAUUUACCUGGAUGAACUAUUUGGUGCCGAGAAGAAAAAGAAUGAUGACAAAGAAAGGUUGUCUAAGGAGAGGGUAUCCAUAGGUUAUGUCUAUGAUGAUAGUACUACUGCUAAUGCUGGAGGAGGAGAAGGCAAUGGUGGCGAUGAAGGAGGUGAUGAAGAGGAAGAUGACGAGGAUGAUGAUAGUGAUAUAGAUAUAGAUAUUGAUAUUGACAUUGAUGCCUUGAAUGAUGAGCAGACUGAAGAAUUAAACAUAACAGGUGUUAGUUAUGGGAUGAAUGCUUCAGAAUAUAUCAGGCAACUGAGGAAAGACAAGGAGGAGUUAGAAGCUUUGAAAAGAGCAAGAGAAGAGGAGGAAGAGCGAGCAAUGUAUUCUGGUAGAAAAUCUAGACGUGAAAGAAGAGCUCUGAUUGAGAAGAGAUUGAAAGGUAGAAAGAUCAGCCCUCCAAGCUAUGCCAGAAGAGAUAGUCCUACAUAUCAGCCAUACCAUCGCUCGACAUCAAGGUCAUCAUCACGUAGCCGCUCACGAACACCUGAGAAUGCAGGUGAAGUGAAAUUCAUUACUAGCUUUGGUGGUGAUGAGGACGAGCCAAAGACAACUCAGUCUAUCAUUGGACCCAUGAAUCGACCAGAAACCAAAGAGAAGCAAGAAAAAGUUACUGAAUCUCGUUACAAAUCCCGAAAAAGAACUAAGUCGAAUGGUAGCAGUAGUUCCUCUGGCUCAUCUUAUAGUUCAAGAUCAAGAUCACGAUCUAGAGAAAGAGAUCGAUAUAGAUAUCGAAAUCGACGAUAUUCCAGAUCACGGUCACGCGAGAGACGCGACAGUUACCGGCGUCAUCCAAAUGAUAGAUACAGCUAUCAUAGAAGAAAUUCUUAUCGUUCACAUAGUAGGUCACGCUCGCGGGAUAGACAUCGGCGCACUAGGUCGCGCUCGCCGAUACGUUCUGUAAAAAGAUAUUCACGAUCUAGUUCCCACUCUAGUCGUUCACGAUCCCGUUCUAAAGAUAGACAUGAUUAUUCCCAUGCAUAUGACCGAUACCGUAAGUCUUCAUAUUCAGAAACCAAGGCUAGGAUUGAUCGCAAAAUUGACAUAGAACCUCGGAGUAAGAUAAAAAGUGCAGAAAAGGAAUCAGUCUUUAAAAAAAGAGAAGAGCUCACUGCCAGAUUAAAAGUAUCCGAGGCAAGCAUUGGUAAAGCCCCUAGUGUUAGUGCUAGUUCUAGUGCUAGUGCUGCAUCCAAACCCAAACUUACCCCACAAGAAAAACUGAAAAAAAGAAUGCAGCUGGCGCUUAACAAACAAUAUAAAGCUGACAAGAAGAAAGAACGAAUUAAAAUAGAUGAGAAGGUACAAGAAAGAAUGGACAGGGAUGAAGAGUUGAGAGAGAUUUCCAGGAAGAUCAGAAGAAGAGAACGAGAAAAGCGGGAUAGAGAUAUGGACUAUGGUGGUAGAAGAAGCAAAUCAAGAUCACUUUCGCCAAAGAGAGAUUUGUGUUCCAGUCGAGAUGCUUCGUCUCGUAAGCGCCAUCGUUCGCGGUCACGGUCACAGUCGAGCUCCAGCACCAGCUCUCGCUCUAGCUCAAGUUCAAGCUCAAGUUCAAGAUCUCGGUCACAUUCACGAUCACCAGUGAGAUACAGAUACUAGAUGAUAAUCCAAUAAGCAAUACAGACAAAUAUUAGUUCUUCUGUACAUAUUACAAAUUUUUUUUUAAUUAUUUUAAGUUAGGACAACAAAUCAAAUAUUUGUCAACUAACAGUUGAACUUAAGACAGCAUCUACAAGCAAUGAACUAGGG